UUGGCUUGUACCCAAACCCAUCUUUGACUUCCAAACUAAUUAAAAAAAAAAAAUAAUCAUAGUUGAUAUCGUCAUCGGAUAAUGCAUAGUGGGAAGAGACCUCUUUCACCAGAAUCAAUGGCCGGAAAUAGAGAAGAUAAAGAUGAGGAGUUGUCUCGUUGCUCGACUUUGUCGGAGUCUGAUGUGUCUGCUUUUGUCUCUGAACUCACUGAUCAACCCAUCCCACCAUCUUCGGAUCAAUCUUCGUCUCUUACUCUUCAAGAAAAAAGUAACUCGAGACAACGAAACUAUAGAGGUGUGAGGCAAAGACCAUGGGGGAAAUGGGCUGCCGAGAUUCGUGACCCGAACAAGGCAGCUCGUGUUUGGCUUGGGACGUUCGACACUGCAGAAGAAGCCGCCUUAGCUUAUGAUAGAGCUGCAUUUGAGUUUAGAGGUCACAAGGCAAAGCUUAACUUCCCCGAGAGCAUUCGUGUCAACUCUACUCAAUUCUAUCCAUCAACUGCUACAUCGCAUGAUAGCAUUAUCGGGACACCACCUCCAGCUAUUGCUCCUGACAUACUUCUUGACCAAUACGGUCAAUUCCAAUCUGGAAAUAGCGACUAUGGUGCCACCUUAUCGACUAUGUCUUCUUCUUCGUCGUCAUCUUUGGAUGAUCGAGGGCAUAGACAAAAUUUGGAGGAUGAUGAAAACGUGAAGAAUACUAGUAUCCACAAACGAAGAAGAUAGCAUUAUAUGCCUCUCCGUCCAAGUUAUAUCAAACGCAUCAACAGUUGAUGUAAUCUCUUUAAGACUUCCUUUCGGUAGUCUUUAAACAGUCUAUGGAGUGCUAAGUGCAUAUAGCUAGGAUUCAGGCCUUAUGGAUAACAAAAUAAGGCUUUAGCACCCUAUACAUGCAAGAAAGGAUGAAGAAGUCUUGGAAGAAAAAGAAAGAUGUCUUGGACAACGUCCUGAUCGGUCAAGACGACCACAACGGAUAGACUCAUAUAUAUGUAAUGUAAUGUAAGUAGUACAUCUUUUUAAAAAUAUUAUUCAAAUACAUUGAGAGUUAAACAUAAUUGUGUAAGAGUUCCCGAAAUAUAAGAUAUAAAUUUUAAAAGUAUAUACAUAUUUUUGAA